GGAGGAGGGAGGGGAGGCUGGAGAAAUCAAACUGAGUGUUUCUGAACAACUACUUCGCAAACAAUGCGAAAUGCAUUGCGUGUAGGAAGCUCAUUUAAACAGCAGAGAGACAAGGUAACACACACACACAGAGAUAUUUACAAAUACUCCGGGGCUUGGCUUGUGAGAAGGAGGUGUUCUCCAGCGGACGAUGAAGGGCUCCCAGGGUGAUGGACCACCCAUGGCGUGGUUGAUGCACUUGGCAGUGUUGUGCCAGGCAGCGGUACGCGUGCAGCUGGCACAGUCUAUUGCCAUUGUCAAUGUCACCAACUUCUCCGCCAGCGCCAACCGCACGCUGACCACCAGCGUGCCCGGCAGGUACGGCAAUAACUCGCCCGUCAAAGGGGCCAGCGGCGUGGUGGGCAUCCCGACCACACAGGAUGCCCUCGCCUGCGAGGAGGACGUGGACUUCAGCGCCACCCAGAGCCCCUGGAUCGCGUUGGUGGAGCGGGGCAACUGCACCUUCGCCAAGAAGAUCGAGAAUGGGAUCAGACGAGGGGCUGCCGCUGUCGUAAUCUUCAACUCAGCAGGAAAGGGCAACAGGACUGACCCCUUUAUCCAUUAUGGGACGGGCAACAUGGUUGCAGUAAUGAUUGGCAACAUCAAAGGCAGUGAGAUUUUGGCGCUGGUGAGGGAAGGUAUCGCCGUUUCCAUGGUGAUUGAAGUUGGGAAGCAGCAUGGACCAUGGAUGAGCCAAUACUCCAUCUUCUUUGUCUCGGUUUCCUUUUUCGUCGUCACCGCUGCCACGGUGGGAUAUUUCAUCUUUUACUCCGCAAGAAGACUGCGGCUUGCAAGGGCUCAGUCUAGGAAACAGAAGCAACUAAAACAUGAAGCCAAGAAAGCUAUUAACCAACUGGACCUACGUGUCUUGAAGCAUGGAGAUCAGGAGACUGGUCCGGAUGCUGAUAGUUGUGCAGUGUGCAUUGAAGCUUACAAGCCCAAUGAUGUUGUUCGCAUCUUGACUUGCAACCACAUAUUCCACAAGAAUUGUAUCGAUCCAUGGCUUCUGGAACACAGAACCUGCCCCAUGUGUAAAUGUGACAUCCUGAAAGCUCUUGGAAUUGAGAUUGACAUAGAAAAAGCUGAAGAGACACCGGCACCUGAGCAGUCAUCCAGCAAUCCUCAAAGAACAGGGCAGGACAGACACACCGAGGUUCCCGAGAGUGCCAUUUAUACUCUACCAGCUGCUUUUGAUGCUGAGCGUCGAUUGGAUGAAUCUCCUGUAACUGAGGAUAAUCACAAUUUCGGUGAAGAGCAGCAAUUGGUCAAUAAUGAUGCGCGAGCGAAUUCUCUGUCUGUAUAUGUUCUGCCACAGGACAACCCAGUAUAUGAAGAGAUUGAUCUACAUGAUGAAGUAAAGUCAUGAAUCGUCCCAAAGAAGUAAAACCCUGAAAAAUAAAGCCAACUAUCAACUGAAUGUGCAGGGAGCAUCUCUUAAAUGAACUGCUUUGUUCAAACAAAGACUUUGGAGUGACCCACAGUCUACAUUUUUUCUGCAUUUUUUAAUGCCAAUGUUAUAAAGAGACAAAUGAUUUUUCAAUAGUAUAACAGGCAGCUCGUAAUUAGUCCUUGUGCUGAAAUUCUCAGCACUUCAUGCAAUAACUGCAGUUAGUUUAACUGAUGUCUGGUGACCACAAAGGCUGCAAUGGAGACCAAGACUGUUGAACAUUAUUUUUUAACACACAAAGCUAAGACAAUAACAGUUUGCUGAAACCUCUUGUUUUCUGUGUGGAGGUGGGGGAGAAGAGGGUUUGAGGUUGGGAAAGAGAAGAAUGGGCCUUCUACAAAUGCCAGUGCUUUCCUGGGAACUUUCGAUUCCAACUUCAUCAGGGAAAAUAAACCUUGCAAACAAAAUGCCAUUUAUUUUUAACUGAAAGAUGCAUAAUUUGCCAGUAAGUCAUCAGUAACAAAGGACACAGCAAUAUGUCCUACAGCCCUGAUAGGAUUCUUGACAAUAAUUUUGUAUUGUCGAAAACCCCAUUUUGAAAAUCUAUGGCUUGAACAAGUGUGUAAAGUGGAAUCCAUUAGUUCUGCGCUUUUAAUCCAUUUCCUGCACUCUGCUGACUGCUGCACUAAAUUACACUACACUACACGUUGAUGAAAAUGCAAGCAAAAGGUUAAUUGUCACCCUAUUAAUAUAAGUCGACCAUAAUGCAAACAAAGCCUGCGCUGUCUGUUCGUGGUGUCACUCCUGGCUAAUUGCAUCCCUGAUGGGAACAGGAAUUUUUUGAUUUAUCAUUUGCAUUAUGUAAAAAGCAGUGCAGUUGAUACAUUUCCUGCACAAUUAGUGAUGCAUUUACCAAUGUUCUGCUCAACUGAAAGGAAUAGCUAUCUUUACAUUCUUUUUGAAUUUUGUGUGUGAUUCUGAAACAGUGGAAUGGUUGAGUUUUAAAGUCAUCUAUUUUCAGAAUCCUAAAACAAACUGAUAAUCUAUUUGGCCCCUGCUUCCGUUGCCUUUUGUCACACCUUGUGGUCAAAGACCUUUCUCUGAGUACAGAUCAGAAGUAGAAUUGGCUUUCUUCAUACAAAUUAUUGUUUCUUCCUUUUUAUUUGAAAGCAAUCCUCUUAACUCUCAAUAAAGUCAAUCUGUUUUGGAGAUAAAUCACUUUUGUGGAUAUUUUAUUGAAAUGCGUUGAGUAGUUAAUGUGGUUGAACAAGAAUAAAAGGGGAGGAAAGCCUGGGAGAGGAAGAUGUUCACAUUGCGAUGGAGUCUUUGCAACUGACUAGUUUUUCUAUCACUUCCCAAAGUAAACUUGAGUCUAAUUCUUCAAAUUCCAAAGAAUAGUUGUUUGUGAAGAGGCAGGGCAAGAAAGCAAUAGCCUUCUGCAGCUGCUAACACAGUGCAGGUUCAGAAGUCAUAAGAAAAUGUGGAAUUUCAGAUUAACUUUAAUUUUUUUUUAAAAUUGUGAUUCCACUACUGUCUUGUUUUAUAUCUGGCUUGUACAGUGCUGUUGCACAAUUGGGUGGAAACAGUCUUAGUGGAUGUUUUGGACAUUUUGCACAGGCCUUCUCUCUUUUCUGAGUGAAUAGAGACUUUAUAUCCAGAUGUACUGGCCUGGUGAUGUGCUUUGAGUUUUUGAUUUUAGUACCAAGCAGCUUUCCAAAAUCAGCAGCUUCAUGGUUGACAUUUGUGUGGGAGGGGUCUUGGGAGCUGGAAAAUGCAAACCAUCAAAUUGAGUGCAUAUUACUUGCUGUAUUAAUGUUCCAGUAUAAUGAACAACUCAUGCUCUGUGCUACUUCAGUAGGUUGACAUUCCACUAGUUGGACAUGUUAUAACUGAUUACAAUAGGAGGGAGUAUCACAGAAGUGAGUAACUUUUCAGUAAAGUUUGCUAAGUCAUGCUGCUUGCCCAUUGUCCACUGUUGAUCUUUGUUUUAUAUACAAGAACAUUUUUUCUUCUUAAGAGUUGCUUGGUUUUCUAGACAUCAAUAAAGUAAAAUUGCUUCCCUCGAUUAAUCAUGAAUCAAAUGAGCCAUGCAUAGGCUUGAGAUGACAUCCACAGAAAUUUGUUUUUGAAUGAACAGAGCUUUUUUUUUGAUUGAAUGUACAACGCAGAAUAACUCUUAUUACAAAAAGGCAGUAAAAUUCGACAAAAGUGGAAUACUUGUGCAGGAGUUGCUUUUCUAAUGAACAAAGUAGAAAUCAAAUCUCUCCCAAUGUCUCUGCCUUCACAGAAAUGUGAUAAUGGCAGUUAUUGAAUACAAUAUUUUAAUUCCCCAUAUUAGUAGGAUGCUUGCUGGCUAAUUUUAACAAAUGCCUCCCACACUGUUCAAUAAGUACCAUGUCCAACAUUCCCAUCCCCACUGCCACAGAAAGUCAAGAUUCACCUCAAGGUUUCCA